AUGAAAGGCCUGUCCAGUAGCCGGGGUCACCAUCAUGUGGUCUCCUAUGAACCAUCAUAUGAUCCACUGGGUCACCAUGUUGACCGCAAGCCAUAUUUGAUCAGUCAGAUGGACAUGCCUGUGCCCAUUCCCAUGCCACAUCCAGCUGAGCUGCCCUACUACAAUGCUCAGCGUACCUCAUACCCCUCUGACAGCAACAGCAUCGUCCCAUAUGGAACCUUCCCCAGGAGGUGCCACUCUACCUCCUCAUCUCACCAUCCUGAGGUAAAGGAUGAGUGUAUGGCCAUGGUACCAUAUGUAGGAGGUGGAGGAGGAGGAGGUGGUGGAGGAGGAGGAGGUGGAGGAGGCUAUGGGGGUAAAACGCCCACUCGGGUACCAGCAAACUUUGUGGACCCGUUUGAGCGUCAGCCAUCAUUUUCCAGAGAUGGCUACCAUACAUUGCAAUACAAACGAGGAGUGCAGGCCCACAGUGGGGGGAUGGGGGCCAACAACAACAAUGACAGUCCAGGGAGAAUUCGCCAUCUUGUCCACUCAGUCCAGAAACUCUUCACCAAGUCACAUUCAUUGGAAGGGCCACACCACACACAGUCCUCCAAGGGGGCCAAUAAUGGGAGUGUUAAUGGUGGUGGUGGUGGCGGUGGAGGAGGUGGUGGUGGUGGCUCGAGGGCCAGCCCAGAAGGUGAAACUCCACCAGUGGGAGUGCGCCACCGGAAACGCAGUAAGAGCCGUGAGCGCUGUAGAUCAGCAGAGCCCAAGCAUCGAAGCCACCACCACCACCACCACCAGCUCCACGGCUCAGCAUCUGCUCCAGGCUCUGGAUACUGGAGCUCAGAUGACAACCUGGAACGGGAGCUGUGUCUCUACCACCCUCACCACCACCAACCUCCACCCUCACCCUCCCCCUCCAUUUCCCCCUCGCCUAUUGCCAUGACAAUAAGCCGAUAUCCUGGCAACAACCCAGACAAGUUCCCCCAGACUCCCCUCCCCAGUCUCUCCUCCUCGCAGUCCCAGCAGUACUUCAUGAUGGACCCUUACGGCACACUCAGCGAGCACACACACACCCACGCACACCAUGGCCACACACACCACCAUUCUGCACUCAAAGCCUCCCGGAGCAACAACGAUGUGAAGUAUGCAGCGUCGACAGCAUAUGUGCCAAUUAGUGGUAGCAGCAAUAACAGCGGUGGCGGUAUCGGUGGAGGAAGUGGCUCCUUGCUACCAGUGGGUCUUGUGGACGGGCCCCUUGCGAAGAAAGGGCCAUGGUCAUCAAGCCUAACGGUGAGCAGGGCCCGAGAGGUCUACACCAACAACAGCAGCCACAACCAGCCACGAGCCAGCGCAGGAUCCGGUAACCUAAACCUAGAUAGAGCUCUAGUCAAAUCUAAGGGCAGUCAGCAGCAGGAGCGCUCUUGCCAUUUCUUACAGGUACCUCAGGAUGAAUGGAGCAGCUUCUCUCCUCUAGGAAAGGAAGAUGACAUCCCCUGUCGGAGGAUGAGAAGCGGCAGCUAUGUGAAAGCCAUGGCUGAGGAUGACAGUGGAGAUUCUGAUGGAAGUCCCAAACCCUCUCCCAAGAUCCAAGCUCGGCGGGCCAGCUACCUGAAAGCCACACAGCCAUCACUUACUGAGAUGACCACUCUACAGAUUUCAGCUGAGCACUCCCCCAAACUGCAGAUCAGGAGCCACAGUUACCUGCGUGCGGUGAGUGAGGUUUCAAUCAAUAGAAGCCUGGACACCCUGGACCCCAAAACCCUCCUCGACCCCAAAUCACUGCUGUCCUCACCCCAAUACCGCUCACGCAAUGAAAGCUACAUGAGAGCCAUGAGCACCAUCAGUCAGAUUGAGCAGGUGUGUGAGCAGGUCUACAGUGAGAUGCAGUCUCAGGCCAUGGAGGCUGCCAUGGACAGCAUGGACACCAUGGACACACUGCCUAUGCCGGGAUGCUUCCGGAUGCGGAGCCACAGCUAUGUAAGAGCGAUUGACCAGGGCUGUGGGGAGGAGGAAGGAGAAGGAGGGAGACCACUGCUUCUGUUACCAUCCUCCCCACCACGUACAUCUGCAACUACCGUCAGGACCAUCCAGAGCAGCACAGUUUCAUCUUGCAUCACCACUUACAAGAAAACUCCUCCUCCAGUGCCACCCAGAACUUCAACCUGCUCCACAGCCUCCAAGCCAUACAUCUCCAUUACAGCCCAGAGCAGCACAGAGUCUGCACAGGAUGCCUACAUGGAAGAAGAGGGACCUAGAGGUGACAUGACCAUCCAAUCAGGGCUUAGUAACUCCACAGAAAGCAUUGACAGUAUGAAGGCCUUGACAGCUGCCAUAGAGGCUGCUAAUGCUCAGGUCCACGGACCAGCGAGUCAGCAUGUCAACAAUAGCACCAUGACAGUCAACACCACCAUCCCCUCAGUCCUGAGCAGGGGGCAAAUAGUUGAAGACCACCGGGAUGAUUAUAGGAAAGAUGCGCUCAGGAAGGGGAAAUGUCUCUCCAUAGGCAUCCAGGACCCCUCCAAGUUCACCUCUGUAGGUGUGCAAGUGGAAGAUGACAGAGGUGUGACAGCAGCUGUGCAGGCAGAUCUGGACAUGCCAGACCUACUAGACACACCUAUAAACUCCCCGGACACUGACAUGGAAGUACUGUCAUCUCGUGCCAUCCCUCGGCAAUAUUCCCGCGAUGCCGCCACUUCCACAGUCAGCAUCCAGGGCUCAGGGAACCACUACCAUGCCUGUGCCUCUGAUGACUAUGAGGAUGUGGGCUUUGACCCAUCCAUCCUUCCCCCUCCAGACCCAUGGAUAGACAGUGUAACAGAUGACCAACUUGAUGUGGUGCAGAGAUCAGUUUGCCAGAGAGAUGGACGGUGGUUUCUGAAGCUGCUGCAGGCUGAAACCGACCGCAUGGAAGGCUGGUGUCGACAGAUGGAACUCGACCAGCGAGAGAAUGACCUGCCUGAAGACAUCCUAGAGAAGAUGAGAAGUGCAAUGGGAAGUGCUCAGCUUCUGAUGUCCCAGAAGUUUGAACAGUUCAGGGAGCUGUGUGAGGAGAACCUGAACCCCAAAGCCCACCCUCGUCCAGUAGCCUCAGAUCUGGCCGGUUUUUGGGAUAUGCUUCAGUUGUCAAUCGAGAACAUAAGCCUCAAAUUUGACGAGCUUCACCAGCUCAGAGCCAACAACUGGCGGCCCUUGGAUCCCCCAGACAGAAAGGAGAGGCGGCUCCCACCUCCAGUGCCAAAAAAGCCACCCAAGGGCCCCCAACAUCAUCCCCCGCUGGCCAGAGACCGCUCACUGGAAAGCUCAGAGAAACAGCGGCAGGAGGCCAGGAAGCGCCUGUUGGCCGCCAAGAGAGCGGCAUCUGUACGACAAAACUCAGCUACAGAGAGCGCUGACAGCAUCGAGAUCUACAUCCCCGAGGCUCAGACAAGGCUAUGA